AUGGGUUUGAGAGAUAUUGGAGAAAGUCUGCCACCAGGGUUCAGAUUCUAUCCAAGUGAUGAAGAGUUAGUGUGCCAUUAUCUGUACAAAAAGAUUGCUAAUGAAGAUGUCUUGAGAGGCACUUUGGUGGAGAUUGAUCUUCAUGUUUGUGAGCCAUGGCAGCUUCCAGAUGUGGCGAAAUUGAAUUCGAACGAGUGGUAUUUCUUUAGCUUUCGCGACCGGAAGUAUGCAACCGGUUUCAGAACAAACCGAGCCACCACAACCGGCUAUUGGAAGGCCACCGGAAAAGAUAGAGUCGUGCUUGACCCGAAAACACGAGGAGUUGUGGGCAUGAGAAAGACUUUGGUUUUUUACAAGAAUCGAGCUCCGAAUGGGAUCAAAACCGGGUGGAUUAUGCACGAGUUUCGUAUGGAAAAUCCUCACGUGCCGCCUAAGGAAGAUUGGGUGCUAUGCAGAGUAUUUCACAAAUCAAGAGGAGAACAACAAUUAAACAACAGUGAACUUUAUUACCAUCAAAACAAUAUCUCAUCAUCUUUCUCACCACAAAGCCUAUGUCAGAAUAAUCAUCACCAUCAACAUCAACAUGGCCAUAACAUUAACCCGAAUACUUCACUAGGCCUGUCGUCAAACGAGACGUACCCGACUCUCUUAUCUCAUGAUCAAAUGAAUGACGAUAAUUAUCAGAACAAAAUAUUAAUUGACCCGAGUUUUGCAAAGUGUGAGGAUGACUAUGGCUUCUUGUUCGAUCUCGAUCAUGGGCCGAAUAAUAAUGAGGUUUCCGAAAUGCUGGAUGGCAUGAACUUCGAUCGUGAUGAUAACGGCUCGGUUUUCGUUUGA